CUUAAUUAACCCAGCAUAGAGAAAGAUCGACUAGGGCAAAUUUAGAGAGAAUUCAAAAGUAAAGAAUUGAAUUCUGUUAGUUUUAAAGAACGUUCCAAUAUCGGGUUGUUGCGUUGUGCUUAUUUAGCUGUUUUUUAUUAUUCAAGUUAAGGCUGGAAUCCCUUCUCGAUUUUGUUUAGAAUUAAACGAUGAGGUAUUAACUAUACAGAAGAACAAACGACACUUUUGCUACAAAAGGCGUUUGUUCAUACUCAAAACACCGUCUAUCACCAUUUAAAAUACAGUAUAUCGCAUUAUUACACUCUAACGAAGCAAUGCGUGCUACAACGUAGCGACGUCUCUGCUAUACCCAUAAUUCAGCAAACACGAUUUGUAGCAAUAGUGACCGGCACGGUCACCUUGUGUUUCCCGUCUUUAACUCUCCUGUUCUGUUUAUAAACCACACAAAUGAACAAGAGUACGCGUUCAGUGUCGAAGCGCACUUCAUCUCAACAAAAGAAAACGAAAGCUGCUCCAGCUGCAUCAAAACCAUCAACAAAAUCGUCGAUUAAAAGAAAAUCCUCACGGGAAACGCUCUAUUCUAAAAGAUCGGGCAAACUUUUAUACGAGCCUUCAACAGAGUUUCAAACAAGGUAUAGAAUAGGUGACUAUGUACUUGGACGUGUUUAUGGAUAUCCUUGGUGGGUCGCACGAAUUGUGACAUACAGAAGCAUGCCCGAUAGGGCUCAAAGAUCGCUUCGUGUGUCGAAAAAAAGGAGGGGCUAUUAUCUCGAAUUCCUUCCCUCAAAAGAAAAUGCAUUUUUGGAUCUGGAGAACUUGAGACCGUUAACAUUGGCUGAAUGCCGCAAUAUUCUUGACAACAAAUUUCUUGUAUCACAAAAAAAAACAUUAACAAAAGUGCUACAUGAAUUGGAAACAACGCCGCCCAUAGCUGAGGAUGAGCUGAGCGACAUUGAUGUUGAACUACUUACAGAAGUUCCCAAGUCGUACUUGGAGAUUGAAGAGCGAUACCCUGUGGAAAAGAUCACAUAUCCGUCAUUUUCAUACGAGGAACAGCUUAAGCAGCCCAUUAGUACAAUAGACCAAUACGCUGCAGUUGCUUAUUCCCGCGAAAAAACAAUUCUUUUCUAUAAAAUACAACUACAGAAGUUACUUCUCAGACCUGCACAUCGGCCAACCGAAGAAGAGAUCCAUACGGUUGACAAGGUACUUUCACAACUGGAACAGUUUCGUGGUUUAGUUCCUGAAUUCGUUCAAUCCACCCAGCUUGGACGACUUCUUGAGCAGCUAGUCUUGCUUGUAGAUGUUCCUCUCGACGCAGAAUUGCGUAUUGUGGAGAGAAUAAAAAAGCUAAAGGAUGAUCUUUGUGAUGCCUCCAUAAAAAAGGAGAUUUAGUUUGUACGUUUUUUUUUCUUUUUCCUUUUCGUUGGUUUUGGUUUUCUAUGUAACCUUACGGAUAUUUUUAUGAAAUACAAUGUUAUUAAUUGAAUUAAGUCUAUGGGAGAACAUUGCUAAUGGGAAGAUUAUGAUGUUUUGAAUGGGUGCCACUAUUACUUAAGGAAUCGUCUUGUGAAUUCAAUUCCUUAAAAAUGAGUAGCAAUAGGUGAGUAGUAGUGAAGUAGGCACUUUCGCAAGAAUCCAUAA